CAAUUGAGCGAGCGUGGAAUUUUUUCGGCAAUGAUCGAUAAAGCGUUGAUUGGCUCAAUUGGUCAAUUAAAACGCGAUGGGCGCCGCGAAUGUGUUAGCGCAGUCCGGUGCCGCGGAAUGUCGAAAAUCGUCCGCAAUGGCCCCUCCGGCACCAAGAUUUACCAGUACGUCGCGGCCGUCACCGUCAACCUCGGCAUCGUCUGCAGUGAGAUGCACUACGGUUGGCCGUCGCCGUCGCUCCCGAUCCUCACCAAUGGCACCUACAGCUUCACGAUCAGCCAGGAGGAGGGCUCGUGGCUCGCGGUCGCGCCUCUGAUCGGCGCCAUCUUCGGCGCGGCCGUUACCGGCUUCGUCGUCGACAUUUUCGGCCGCAAACGGCUCAUAGUUUUGUCGUCUGUGCCGUUCACCGCUUCCUGGUUAUUCAUCGCGGUGGCGCCCUCUAGCGUCCUCAUGUUCGUCGCGAGGUUCGUCGCCGGCAUGACCGACGGCCUCUCCUUCACGGCGGUGCCGAUGUACCUGGGGGAGAUCGCCGAGCCCAAAAUCCGCGGCCUCAUAGCGUCAAUCUGCCCCUUGUGCAUCCUCUUCGGGUACCUGCUGAUCAACGUCUUGGGUUCCUACCUUCCGAUAGACACGACAGCGUACGUGGCUGUGUCCGUACCGAUCCUCCUCCUCGUCACUUUCGUCUGGAUGCCCGAAAGUCCGUACUUCUACGUGAUGAAGGGCCGCGUCUCUGAAGCUAGACGCAGCCUGCAGAAGUUCCGGGGCCGCGACGACGUCUCCGCCGAGCUGGACCGCAUAUCCGAAGCCGUGCGCGAGCAGAACGCGCGCCGCGGUCACUUUCUGGAUCUGGUGCGCGUGCGCAGCAACCGCAAAGCGCUGAUCAUUGCGCUGGGGGUGCGCGGCAUCCAGCAGCUGAGCGGCACGUCCGCCAUUAUGUUCUUCUGCAAGCAAGUGUUCGAGGAGUCGCGCGAUUUCCUGCCCUCCAGCGUCGGCACCAUCGUCUACUUCUCGGUGCACCUGGUGCUGAGCGGCGUCGCCUCUUUCGUGGUCGACGUCUCCGGCAGGAGGCCGCUGCUGAUCUUCUCCGUGGUCGGUACCGCCGUCAGCCUCUUCCUGAACGGUUCGUAUUUGUACGUCAAGGAGCGGACGGACGUCGACACGAGCGGUUUCAAUUUUCUGCCGAUGGUCGCGCUGCUGAUGUACGUCGUCUUCUUCAGCGCCGGCUUGCAGAUCAUCCCGCUUCUGAUCAUGGGCGAGUUGUUCCCGACCAACGUGAAGGCGUUCGCGCUCUGCGUCAUGGACGUCUACUUCAGCGUGAUCGUCACGUGUAUAUCGAAGUUUUUCUAUUGGUCGAGCAUGAGCUUCGGAAUGCACGUGCCUUUCUUCGCGUUCGGCUGCUGCUGCGUGGUCGGGCUGGCGUUUAUACUGUUCACUGUGCCGGAGACCAAAGGCAAGACGCUCGAGGACAUCCAGAACGAGCUGAAGGGCGAGAAGUGAACUGGGUGGGCGUCGCCGUGGGUGAAACGAACGAGCAAACUUUUUCAAAGGAUGCGUGUAGCCGCAGUUUGGAAAUGUUAAUACAAUAAACGAAAUACGAAAUUUAA